AAUUUUAGUUUUGGCGCUUUUGCGGUUACAUUCGUGAGAGGUUUAGAAUCGAUAGCAAAGAUUUACGAUUCGAGGUCAACUGUAGGACAGAUUCGGAAGAGUACCAUUCUACUUCGAACAUUUCAAGUGGGUUGUCACACGUUACGUUAGAUUUCUAAUUUCCAAGUAUAGUACUAUUAGUUACUGUGAAAAAAUGCCGAUCCAAAGUAUCAAGGCACGACAGAUCUAUGAUUCCCGAGGCAACCCAACUGUAGAGGUUGAUCUUGUAACAGAAAAUGGUCUCUUCAGAGCCGCAGUACCAUCUGGUGCUUCCACCGGUGUUCACGAAGCUUUGGAACUUAGAGACAACGAUAAAUCGAAAUACCAUGGAAAAUCUGUGUUCAAAGCCGUAGACAACAUUAAUAGUGCCAUUACACCUGAAUUGUUGAAGGCAAAUUUGGAAGUUACUCAGCAAACAGACAUCGAUAAUUUCUUAUUGAAACUUGACGGCACACCGAACAAAUCGAAGCUUGGCGCAAAUGCGCUUUUGGGUGUUUCGUUGGCAGUUUGUAAAGCAGGAGCUUCCAAGAAGGGAGUGCCAUUAUAUAAAUAUAUCGCAGAAUUAGCAGGAAAUGCCAACAUUAUCCUGCCGGUUCCAGCUUUCAAUGUCAUCAAUGGUGGUUCACACGCUGGAAACAAAUUAGCAAUGCAAGAGUUCAUGAUCCUACCCACAGGUGCUGCUAAUUUCACAGAAGCGAUGAAGAUGGGUAGCGAGGUCUACCAUCAUCUGAAGGCUGGUAUCAAGAAGAAGUUUGGUCUUGAUGCCACUGCAGUCGGUGAUGAAGGUGGUUUCGCUCCCAAUAUUUUGGAAAACAAAGAAGCUCUAAACUUAAUUAUCGAUGCCAUUAAAGUUGCUGGAUACGAAGGAAAAAUAAAGAUUGGUAUGGACGUUGCCGCGUCUGAAUUCCAUAAGAAUGGAAAAUACGAUUUGGACUUCAAGAAUGAAAAGUCUGAUCCCAGCACGUAUUUGGAACCACAAGCCUUGAAGAACUUGUACUUGGACUUUAUCAAAGACUUCCCCAUUGUUUCCAUCGAAGAUCCGUUUGACCAAGAUGACUGGAACUCGUGGACUUCCCUGACAUCUUCUACUCCUAUUCAGAUCGUGGGUGAUGAUCUUACUGUCACAAAUCCUGAAAGGAUCAAGACAGCCAUUGAAAAGAAGGCUUGCAAUUGCCUAUUGUUGAAGGUGAACCAAAUAGGUACCGUUACAGAAUCGAUCAAUGCUCACAAGCUCGCCAAGAGUGCUGGUUGGGGUACAAUGGUGUCUCAUCGCUCUGGAGAGACAGAAGACACGUUCAUAGCUGAUUUGGUCGUUGGACUUUCGACUGGUCAAAUUAAGACUGGCGCACCUUGUCGUUCGGAGCGCUUAGCCAAGUACAACCAAAUUCUUCGCAUUGAAGAAGAAUUGGGCGCAGCUGCCAAGUAUGCAGGCGAUAAAUUCCGUAAUCCUCAAGCUUAAGACAUUCUACCUAUUCAUUUUAUUAACAUGAUGCUCUAGUUAAUAUAUACUGCAACACAAAUGGAACUAGUACUUGUACGACCGUUUACAUUGUGUUGAUGAAAUAGAGUCGAAUGAUUUUACUGUAAUCGUAGCGUGAUGAGUUGUGGAAAUUCUUACAUCGUAAGAAUAGAUUCAGAUACGAAGUGUAAGAUAUAGAACCACUGAAAAAAAGAUAUCAUCGAAAUAUCACUGCACUAGUUUAUUGUAAUGUGUCGGAUAACAUGUGAUAAUUGGAUUAUUACAGACUCAUUUUAAUCAGCGUAAUCCAGGUAGGUUACCAGUGCACUUGAAAAAAUGUCAACAACCGAGGUAUGUGGAUGUAUGAAAAUAUUUAUUCAUUAUCGUUAAUUUCCUUAUUUGUAUGCUUUAUGAAUGUUUGGAUCUUAUUCGACAUUCGAUUGAAUUAGGUCAGAUUUUACAAUUAAAUGUAUAAAAGAAUGGUAAUGCCUGGUAUCUGCCAAUUGAGAAACGCAAGUCACAAAAUCAUAAAUAAACAUAAUGAUAAUUGUUAAAUGUUAUGAGUAUGAAUGUCAUACAUAAUAAACGCAGUAGAAGUAUUUGAAUAAGAAUUAGGGUCAAUCACGAAAUUGACGUUUAUUUAAAUAUAUCCAUACAAAAUUUACAGAAAUUCUGUUAUCACGAGCAUACAUGUAAAUGUUAAUGUAUAAAUAAAAUUAUAAUCUGCAAU